ACUACAUUCUACAGCUAAACUGAUAAGCUGUUGAAAUGUCACGGUUUUAAGGUAUCUCUAUUGUAGCCAUGAAGUUGUGUCAUGUGCCAAUUAGAAGAUUCUUAAUUGUUGGCGUGUUCCUUGCUGUGAUAGUUGUUUUCCAAUGUGGUUGGACAACCUAUUAUUCUCUGUUGCAUGCUGAUGGUAGUUCAGUGGCUUUCCCAGUUGAACUUUCUAUUUCUGGAACUUCAGAAAAGGAGGGUGUGGGUGUGUUUAGAUCCACAACAAACAAUGUCACUUUUGCCUCUCAUUCAAAGGAACAUGCUUCUGAAAAAGAAGCUGAUUUGGUCAAUGACUUGGAAUUUGAUGGGGGCAGAAAUUCAAAAAAGGGUCACAUACUUAAUAAUAAGAGUUUAAAGGUGGAAAAUCAUGAGGAUGCAGUUUACGGUUCCCCUCAGAAACGACCCAAGUAUGCUGAUUUGAGCACAUCUGAUAUGUUACUAGCUGUAGAAAAGCCUUCAAAUGUCAGUAGAAUACAAAGUGUGGAAAUGGAACCGCAAGUGUUGAAAUCUCCUUUGUCCAUGUUGAAUAAUAAACUUAAGAUGGGUACUUCGUCGACCAAGAGUAGGUUGGUGUGGCCAGCUUCAUUAACGCAUAUGAACUCUUUGUUGCUUCAGAGUUCUAAUUCUGCUUAUAUGAGGGUAAGAUGGUCCUCUCGACGCGACCGGGAACUCUUGUCUGCAAAACUGGAGAUUGAAAAUGCCCGUGUUAUACCAAAUUCUUCAGGACUUUAUGCACCUAUUUUCCGAGAUGUUUCCAAGUUUUCAAGGAGUUAUGAGCUGAUGGAGCGCAAGCUCAAAGUUUUUAUCUAUAGAGAAGGGGCAAAACCUAUAUUUCAUCAACCAAAGAUGAGAGGAAUUUAUGCUUCAGAGGGGUGGUUUAUGAAAUUGAUGGAGGGAAGUAAAAAGUUCAUUGUGAGGGAUCCUCAAAAAGCUCAUUUGUUUUACCUACCAUUCAGUUCACAAAUGCUAAGAGUUGCCCUUUCUGACCGUAAGCUGAUGGAGCAAUACCUUGAGAAAUAUGUAGAGUUAAUUGCAGGAAGAUAUCGUUUCUGGAACAGAACUGGGGGAGCAGACCAUUUUCUUGUUGCUUGUCAUGAUUGGGCCUACCAUAUCACAAGGCAACCAAUGAAAGAUUGUAUUAGGUCUCUUUGUAAUUCUAAUGUUGCUAAAGGCUUCCAAAUAGGGAAGGACACUACUCUACCUGUUACAUAUAUACACUCUAUGAUGGAUCCUCUAAGAAGAUUUGCAGGUAAACCUCCUUCAGAAAGAUCUAUUCUAGCCUUUUUCGCAGGAAGCAUGCAUGGUUAUCUCCGUUCAAUCCUGCUAAAACACUGGGAGAAUAAAGAACCUGACAUGAAAAUAUUUGGUCCAAUGUCACGUGAUUUGGAAGGUAAAAAAAUGUAUAUGGAAUAUAUGAAUAGCAGCAAGUAUUGCAUAUGUGCUAGAGGUUAUGAGGUUCACACACCAAGAAUAAUUGAGGCCAUUUUUUCUGAGUGUGUGCCGGUUAUCAUAUCAGAUAAUUAUGUGCCUCCUUUAUUUGAGGUAUUGAAGUGGGAGGCAUUUUCUGUGUUUGUUCGUGAAAGGGAUAUCCCUAGUCUCAGAACCAUACUUCUCUCAAUCCCACAAGAGAAGUACCUGGCACUGCAUUUAGGAGUAAAGAAGGUUCAACAACACUUCCUGUGGCACAAAGUUCCCGUUAAAUAUGACUUGUUUCAUAUGAUUCUUCAUGCAAUAUGGAACAAUAGGCUUUCUCAGAUUAGACCCAGAUGAUCAUAUCGUUGAUAUGAAUAAGUUGGGCCUGUUGGCAUAAAUUUCUUCUUAAGUACAUAUAGGAGAAGAAAAAAAAUAAAAAAUAAAAAAGAAAAAAGUUUCUCUAAAAGUUAAAAUUAACUUAUGCAUAAAUUAAGUAUCAGAAACUUUCUCAUAUUAACUUUUCAAAAUAUGUUUUUUUAACUUGUGUAAGCCAAUUUAAGUUUAUGGAGAAAUCUAUUUUUUAUUUUUAUUUUCUUCUUCUAAAAAUCGUUCUUUCUCAUGCUUUCAAUAUGUUGGGAGACUUAUAAGUUAUAACCCAACCUGCAUUUUGGAUUAUCCGGUUGAACUUGAACCUCUCUUUAGAAGGUAGGGCUAAAAUCACUUUUGAUAACUGUAAAUGGUCUUUUGGCUGUUUUGUAUAUAAAAUUCUUCUGAAGCUAUUUGAGAUUUACCUUUCUUGUCCAUGUUUCUAGCAGCAUGAGGAACCUUGUUCAAAUAUUUAAUGAGCCAAAGUUUAGUUCAGAUAUAGCUCCCCGCUUAUCAUUCAUUACUUUCGAUAUUUUUUUUAUAAGAAACAAAUAAUAGCAAGUAAUAGUGUAUUAGUUCACCGUUUCUUGAAGUAGAUUCUUUGUGUGUAUCUUUGCAUGCUAGGAUGGAAAUUUUGUUUCUUUCCAGUUUCUAUUAAUAAAUGUCAUUAUCAUACCUUUUAUUUACAACUUCUGUUGGAAUAUUAUGGUGCCAGAUAAUUAAACAAGGGACUACAUUACAUUAUCUACAAAUAUGAAAUUUGUGGCAGUUCAAACGAUUUUUCUACCUAUAGAUAUUUAUUAAUCUUCAAUGAAAUGUCCCAAUUCCAAUG